AUGUGCAUGCGCGUCUUCUCCCUCCAACGCUGCUUCCCCCCCUCCCAAGGCGGUUGCGACGGCUACUGGGCGCGCUACGAGCACCUCGACGAGUGCGGCGGCUACUCCCUCAACGGCCUGCCGCAGUUCAACUGCCGCGCCGUCUGGGGCGGCUUCGAGUCCGUCACCUCCUCCAAAGUAAACCGCGACGACUUCUACGCCCGCCGCCCCGCGAUCUGCCCGUCCUGCACCCACCGCCGCGACCUCGCCUACCUCACCGCGGAGGCCGAGCGCGAGAAGCGCGGCGAGUACUCCGACGCGAUGCAGAAGCACAUCCGCGACCUCGAAUACCAAGCGCAAUGCGCCCACGGCGCGCUGCUCGGCCGCUGCCACGCGAUGAUGUGGGAGGGCGUACACCACGUCAUCGCGGGCUUGGGCGUGAAGACGGACGUGGUGUGGAGCGCGAUCGAGCAGGCGAUCUACCGGCACCUCGGCCCCGAGGCGAUGGGGAACGCGGGCGUGCAGGCGUUUGUGAAGUGUCUGAUGGAGGCGAAGAAGGAGGUCGUGGACCAUGUGCGCGGGACGACGCGGGAGCUGGCGAUUGCGCUGGUGGGCGGGCAGGAUGAGACGGAUUAUGAUGCGGCGCAUGAGCAGCAUCUGAAGGAGGAUGCGGAGAAGCGCGCGGAGAGGGAACGGAGAGCGGUUGAGAUUGCGGAGAGCGCGGCGCGGGAGCGGGAGAUGCGGGAGGAGGAUGCUAGGGGUAGACGGCGCCAGCGCAGCACGUCGCGAUAG